UUAUUUCCAAUUGUUUUGUUUAAAAUGUUUUCUUUGUUUUCUAGUUACAAGUUUCUUGUUUUAUAUUUUUAUCAGUUAUCAGUAACUCUUCACUUGAAACAACAUGAAUAAAAUUAUUCAUGAUUCCAUCGAUACUAACUUGUUGAAUUCGUUAUUCCAUAUUUUGCAUUAGCUCCAAUGAUGCUUGAUGCUGUCAGUUGAGAUACAGACAAGUGUGAAAAGAGGCAUUUUUGAUCAAAUUAUGUAUCAUUGAAUAAUUUACAUGGUUGUCUAAAAAGAAGAAAACUCAUGACGAGAGAAAAUGAAAAUCAUUAACUUACAUCUUCCCUCUCUUUGUGUUUAUGUUUAUGGUCGUGGAGCUGUUAAAAGCAAAGCAAAUUAGUAUUACUUAUAUCAAUCACUAAUGGAUGUUAAGCUGCUGUAAAAAUGGGAAUCAAAUUACAUUCGGAAUUUUCAAGCUACAAACAACACUUCACCACCAUUGGAUCAUAAUUGUUGAGCUGAUAUUAAACACCAGUUAGGGGUUAAAGGUUUCGAGUUUUGGCUACUUACAACUACUACUUGUUAGUACUGGAGUUAUAACUAUCUUCGCUAAUAGCUGUUUAAUGCUUAAAAUAUAAUCAGUUGAACAGUCCAUUUCUCUACCAAUUUUCAAUUAUCUUGAUUGAUGUAUAAAAAAAGAUUAUGCGUCUAUUUUGGUAAAAAUGGAUAUUCAAGCAAAGCUGGUCCGGAGCGCUGGUUAAAGAGUCAAGUGUUGGGAUUGGCAAACAUUUUUGACUCAUAAUUUCUAGUCUUGGUUGAAACAAUAAUACGAAUAUCCAUGAUAAUUAAAAAUAACCGGAUAUUUGGGCUUUCAUUUUGGCAACGGAAAAACCUUGACAAAAGGAUGAGACAUAAGUUAUUGUGGAAAACAAAAGGAUGUUCAAUGUUCAAUAUACCAUCGAUACUCUGCUGUUAAUUUGUUUACAUCCUUUAAAAUCACACAAAAUUUUCAUCCUAACGCCAUAUUUUUCCCUUUUUGUGUGUCUCUUUGGUCCCAUAUCAUUGUGAUAGCAAGUAACAAGCACCGUCAAUAACCUAACAGUCAUCAUCUUCAUCAUCAUUAUCAUCAUUACUAUAUAAUCUUCCUCCUUCUCCUUUUUUAUUUCCUUCAUGAGUUAUAAUUCAUGGUUAGUCAUUUCAUAGUUUAAAAUAUUCUGUUCAAACCCUUAAUCAGUGACAAAAAUAAAUACUUGAAGCUGUGGAAGCUCUGAAAAUGCCUCAAAUAUAGCUGAAGGAUUAAAGUUAUCUGCAAACUCUGAUUUGUCUCUCUUUUUUAAUUCAUCAUUACCAAAAUCGCCUUCACCAUCAUCCUACGGAUUUUCAUAUCUCUCAAAAUCAAAAAACAAACCAAGAAACUGCUAAGAUAUUAGACCAACAGUGCUUCAUUCAGCUUUACCAGACGAGUUAUGGGUGAAUGGUCAGUAAAGAGCUCAUCAGUCUUGAGUUAAGAACAAAUAACUGCAAUCAUCUUUAGUAUUAUAGAUAUUAUCUAUUCUGAUUAACUUGCGGCAAAAACUAACUAUCUUAAAAAAUCACCAUGAUCUGGUCCAGUAAAUUGAUGUCAGUUGUGAUUUUAUCUUUGUGUUUAUAUACUGUUAAUUGUGGAAAUACAAACCGUUCUGGGAUUGGAUCAAACGCUAAUCAAACAUUCUCGAAUCAAUUGGCAGAUUCAACAAGCGAAAACAGACUGCCAUCUUCAAGUACUCCAGUAACUAUCGCGACAUUAAACACUCACUCCACAAGUAUUCAAACGAACGAUAUAAAUGAUGCACUGGAUGGCCAACAUCCUCAAGAACCAUCACCAUCAACUCAAGCAACGCCACCACUUGAAGAAGGGCCAAAAUCGCCACCGAAAUUCCCGAAAUUAUCCGAUGAACUAUCUCAAAAUGUGUCAAACAUAGUAGCCUCGAACAACCAAUUUGGAUUCAAGCUAUUUAAAGCCUUAAACAAAUUUCAUGGAAAUGAAAAUAUUCUCAUUUCUCCAUUAAGUCUAUUCUCGACAUUGGUUACCGUUUAUGCUGGUUCAUCUGCUUCAACCGAAGAUGAAAUGAUUUCUCUUUUACAACUACGAACAAUGACUGAAGCUCAGAUACAAACUGCUUUUCGAGAUGUACUCCAUUCUUUGCUUAACGAUGUGGGUAAAAAGAACAGCCUGAAACUGCUAAAUGCCAUUUUCAUUGACAAAGAUUAUAAUGUAUCAACUUCAUAUGUUGACAAAGUCCGUACUUAUUACAAUGCAUAUCUGGAAAAGGUUGGAUUCUCUACUGAACCGACUUAUGUAGUGAAAUGGGCAAAUGAAUUAGUAUCAUGGUGGACACAAGGAUUAAUUCCAAAUCUUUUAGAUUCAUUAGACCCGUUAACUCGAUUACUUUUGAUAAAUGUUAUCUACUUCAAAGGUGUCUGGUCAGCUCCAUUUAACCAAGCAUUAACAAAUGAACAAGCUGUUUUCCGAAAUUUUGAUCAAACAAAAUCUAUCAUUCCUAUGAUGAGAUCAAUAUCAUCAAUCAAUUAUCAUUGUGAUUAUGUUAAUGUUCAAGCUUGUGUUGUUGAAAAAUUAUACUCUGGUGGAUCAAUUAGUUUCUUGGUUAUAACACCAACAAAUGGAACUGAUUUAAAACCAUUGGAAGCUGCACUUGGAUCACAACUUAUGUACGAAUUAAUAAGUCAAUUGCAAGAAAAUACUGUUGAACUCGGAUUACCAAGAUUUAGUUUAUCUGGUUCAUAUGAUUUACUGAAACCAUUAGAAUAUCUUGGAAUGAAAGCUGCAUUUUCACCUAAAAAAGCUGAUCUCUCAAAAAUGGGAAACUCAAAAGAGCUAUUUGUGAAGGAAGCUAAACAUAAAACUGUCCUCCAAGUCACAGAAGAAGGUACUCUUGCUGCUGGUGCUACUGUAGCUGAGAUUGGUACACGAAAACGGUCUCCAAGAAUAAUAAUUGAUCGACCAUUCAUCUUUUUAAUACGAGAUCUUAAGACUGAUGCUAUUUUAUUUCUUGGACGAGUUAAUUCACUUUAAAAGUGUCAUUAUAAAACUAACAUCUUUCAUUAUUCAUCCGCAAAUUGUUAUACGAGUUACUAAUCUAUUGUAUUCAAUUUAACUCAAUGAUUACGUUUCUUUCUAUCCCAAUGAUGCUUAUAAUUUUGGACAGAGACAAUAUAAAUUCAAUAUACAAUGCAAAUCGUUUUUCUACACAAUUUACUUGGGAAAAUUGCAAGAGUUUGUAAACAAAAAGUAUCAAUAAACACUUGAUAAAACAUUCA